AUGCUUUUAGAAGGCACGGGUAAUGGAGAACUUAAGAAUGGCUGUUCCAGUUUGAGGGAAGAAUGUUGCAGAUUGAAGCGUGAAAAGGUGGCAGAGGAGCUCCUUUUGAGGGCGCUCGGAGGGGAUGUUAAAAAUGAUAAAGAUGUGAAUAAAUGUAAAGGAAAGAUGGAAAAGGUUUGCCCAAUGUUAAUCAAAGAAAGCGACGAGCUGAUGUCUUUGUGUCUUAAUCCGACUAAAACGUGCAAAACUAUGGAAAGUAAAUUAAAGGAUGUUUGCAAGACUUUAAAAAAAGAAUUGGAUCAGAAAAAUUUAGAAAAAGAUUUCCAUAAAAAACUUGAGAAAUGUCAUUUUUACGAACAAGCGUCUACUGAUGCUAAAUGUCAGGACUUUGAGAAGAAAUGCAAGGAAAAAAAUAUUAGAUAUGAAGCGCCGGAAUCUGAUCUUAGUCCAGUGAAGUCGAAGGCAUCGUUCUUGAGAAGUAUUGGGUUGGAUGAUGUCCAUAAAAGCGCAGAAAAAGAUGAUAUUAUUAUUGGAAAAAAAGGAGUGGAUGUACCAAGGAGGCUGGGUACAGAUUUUCUGCAAGAUCUCUUGCUAGCAUUGAGCCAAGAUGAGAAUGUAAAUGAAUCAAGAAUUGAAAGAUGAACUUUUUAUAAUUUUAGUUCGCCAUUUUAAUUAGUAAUUUAGCUUUAUCGGGCA